AGAAUCCUCACUCAUCGCCCUGAUUUCGAGGGAGAAACACUUCCGAUACAAAUAUUAUCAGUUCGACAAACCUAUAAACGCAAAUCUAAUCAGUGUGUGAAAACAUAAAGCUUUCUUGAGCUAACAAAGUAGUGACUCAGUUGCCGAUCGAAAGUGUCGCGAUGAAGGUGUUCCUUCUCGUCCCGUUGCUGCUGCUGCUUUCGGGGAUCUUGUACACCCCGGAGGCAGCCAAUAUCCUGUGUCUGGUUGGCACUGCCGAUCACAACAAUCCAGGAUGGUCACAGCCUCUUUUUGACGCUUUGCUGGCCAAAGGACAUAACCUGAUUGUGGUCAGCACGGCACCGGAACCGGCUAAGACUGUUGACGGCUUGAUGUACAUUCACUUGCCAAACGAAUACGACGUGAUGCAGAAGCACUUCAUACAACCCGAUAAGGGACACUACCAGGAGAAAAGAACUCUAAUGCAACUGCUGGUGUGGUACGAGGUCCAGCUGGGCAGCUGCCGGGCUCUCAUAAAGUCUGACACUAUGCAGAGUCGUAUGUCGCAAGUUCUCACAGCUCUUGCUGCAACAUUUGAUCUUAUAAUCACUGAUGUCACCAAUGGAAUGGACUGCCUUUUGGAUCUUGUUGCCAACCCAAAUGGUUCACCGAUUUUGGGAAUAAGUGCUGGGAAGCUAACUCCGGAUCUUAUCAACUUGUUGCAGGCAGAGAAUACCAUCAACCCGGCCAAGAUACCGCACUUCAUCAGCCCAACGCCACACAAUAUGGGUUUCUGGAAUCGUGUCCACAAUCAUAUCAUGUUUUUCAGUGCACCACUCGUAAAAUGGUAUAUUAUCCGGCCAGUUUUGAGCACAAUAGUCCAGCCGGCUAGUGUAUACCCCACUUUGCAACUUGCCUUGUUGAAUACCCAUCCAUCUAUAGAUUAUGUUCAGAAUCUCCCGCCUGGAGUUGUCCAAGUAGCCGGUCUCCAUAUCAAGUCCGAGCUGCAACCUCUUCCAAAUAGUAUCCAAAAGUUCGCAGACCAAUUUAUUGACGGAAUUGUUUACAUCGAUCUUCCUUACAUCGAUCUGAUGUACGGCGUGGGCGUUCCUGCCACAUACAAAAUGAUGGAAGACAACCCGAAUUGCGGCUUCAUUUGGAAUGUAAAGAAGAUGAAGAAGGUGCCGAAGACUAUAUCGAAUCUGUUGACCCUACAUGUAGAUGAGUCAUUGAAGCAGGAUAUUUUGGGACAAGCUAGUGUAAAGGCUUACAUCAAUCAUGCCGAUAGUUUUGAUGUUCAAGAUGCUGUGCAUUUUGGCACUCCAAUGAUUCUUUUGCCUUUGAAACUGGAGGAAUUUAACAAUGCCCAGCGUGUAAAAGAGCGUAGCUUGGGAGUGGUAGUCUCCGCCAAUGGUUUCAAUCUGGACUCUUUGACCGUCGCCCUGAAACGUAUCCUUAACGAGUACAACUUCACCACCAAUCUCUACAAGGCAGAACAAAAGUUCCGAACCCGUCAGGUAUCCGCCCUAGACCUGGCAGUAUGGCAUGCCGAGCAGCUCAUCGCCGAGCCGCAACUGUACCGAAACUUGGCUCAACCGGAAACGAAUGCCCAGAACUUCUUUGUGGCCCAGUCCUUGGAUGUGCUGGUGAUUCCCCUAUUUCUCCUAAUCGUUGUGCUCGUGAACUUCCUGCAACUUGGUUAUUAUUUGUAUCUGGCAUUCUUCAAACGUGAGGAAGCCGUCAAGGAAGAGGAUUUGCAUGCGGAGCCACCGAAGAAACUUAAGAAGAACAAGGUAAAGGUUUGCAAGAUUGGAGAACCGGCCAAUAAAACCCUCUUGGAGGACUCUAUUAAUUUGCAAGAUGAUGAGGCUGAGAUGAUAAUCGAUGGCGAAUCAAGGACCUUGAUUGAGAAGAAAGAUGAUUAAUUAAUGGCCUCAUAUAAUUUGUAGAUUUCUAUUUUCCCAAGACUGUCGUAAUCUCUAAUUUAAAAUAAAUAAGUUAAGAUACUG